CAGGCGGUGGUCUCCGUGCGUACAGCCCGCAGCGGGCAGGCGCGCUCCGCCGAGGUGGACGCGAUGUGGGCCGGCCGCAUCCUCUGCGCUGCCCUCUCCCGGGCCCCCCGCGGCUGUCGCCCGCAGUCAGCGCUGGCUCAGCUGCGUGGCAUUCUGGAGGAGGAGCUGGAAGGCAUCCGCGAGGCUGGCACCUGGAAAAGCGAGCGGGUCAUCACGUCCCGUCAGGGGCCGCGCAUACACGUGGACGGCGUCUCGGGAGGAAUCCUUAACUUCUGUGCCAACAACUACCUAGGCCUGAGCAGCCACCCCGAGGUGAUCCAGGCAGGUCUGCAGGCCCUGGAGGAGUUUGGAGCCGGCCUUAGCUCUGUCCGCUUCAUCUGUGGGACCCAGAGCAUCCACAAGGAACUGGAGGCGAAGAUCGCCCGCUUCCACCAGCGGGAGGACGCCAUCCUCUACCCCAGCUGUUUUGAUGCCAAUGCCGGCCUCUUUGAGGCCCUGCUGACCCCAGAGGACGCAGUCCUGUCGGACGAGCUGAACCAUGCCUCCAUCAUCGACGGCAUCCGUCUGUGCAAGGCCCACAAGUACCGCUACCGCCACUUGGACAUGGCCGAUCUGGAGGCCAAGCUGCAGGAGGCCCAGAAGCAUCGACUGCGCCUAGUGGCCACUGAUGGGGCCUUUUCCAUGGAUGGUGACAUCGCGCCCCUGCAAGACAUCUGCCGCCUUGCCUCUCAAUAUGGUGCCUUGGUCUUUGUGGACGAUUGCCACGCCACCGGCUUCCUGGGGGCCACUGGACGGGGCACCGAUGAGCUGCUGGGCGUGAUGGACCAGGUCGCCAUCAUCAACUCCACUCUGGGGAAGGCGCUGGGCGGAGCCUCAGGGGGCUACACAACGGGGCCUGGAUCCUUGGUGUCCCUGCUGCGGCAGCGUGCCCGGCCCUACCUCUUCUCCAACAGCCUGCCACCUGCUGUUGUCGGCUGUGCCUCCAAGGCCCUGGACCUGCUCAUGGAGAGCAACGCCAUCAUCCAGUCUAUGGCAGCCAAGACCCAGCGAUUCCGCAGGAAGAUGGAGGCUGCCGGCUUCACCAUCUCGGGAGCCAAUCACCCCAUCUGCCCUGUGAUGCUGGGUGAUGCUCGGCUGGCCUCUUGCAUGGCAGAGGACAUGCUAAAGAGAGGCAUCUUUGUCAUCGGGUUCAGCUACCCCGUGGUCCCCAAGGGCAAGGCCCGGAUCCGGGUCCAGAUCUCAGCGGUGCACAGCGAGGAGGACAUUGACCGCUGCGUGGAGGCCUUCGUGGAGGUGGGGCGGCUACACGGGGCUCUGCCUCGAGUCCCAGGGAGUGACAAACCUCCCAGGGACAAAGGGGCCCUUUGAGCCAGCUCUGAGUUCUGUCAAAGUCCUGAGGCCAGGCUGGGGCGAGGCCUGUGCUUGUGGCUACAAGUGAAGCAACAGUGUGGAAAUGGCCUGCA